AUGUCGGACACCAACAAGCAGUGGGUUGAGAAGAAUCUCCAGCGACAGCGUCGAAUGCUGGAAGACAAACAACGACAAAAGCGUGUGCAAAGUGCAUCUGGAAUCCGUGUGAAUUCCGCAUUCAAUGCCUAUAAUCAUCGCAAUGAAGGUAAUGAUGUUGGAGCCAACUUCGACGGAAAUUUCAAUCUUGGCGGAGAGACUCUUGCCCCAACUGUCAUCACAAUUCAAGCACCGCCAGCUCCACCGCGCGAUCCAUCGCCAGAACCAAAUUCUAAAAAUCUGAUUGACUUUGAAGAUUCGCAAUCCAGCGAUUUGUCUGAGAAACUUCAAAAGGCGGAUCUCAGUCAAUGCGUCGCUUCUGAUGAUGAGAACAACUCUGACAAAGUGUCGAAUUCAGAUACAUGGAAAGAUGACAUUGAAGAGCACACGUUGACGUGCGAGCAACAACCAGACAUCAAUGAAAUCUCGAAGAACAUCGUCAAGUUCGUCGAGGACCCGGCUCGUCGCAAUACCGUCUACAAGUGUUCGAUUACUCGUGACAAAAAAGGUGUUGACAAGGGAAUGUACCCAACUUAUUACCUUCAUCUCGAAUACAUGGACAAAGAGGAAAAGAAAAGAAUGUUCUUGCUUGCUGCUCGUAAACGUAAGAAGAGUACCACAGCGAACUAUUUGAUCUCAACGGACCCUACUAAUUUGGCGAGGGAGGGUGAUCAUUUCAUUGCCAAAGUUCGUUCAAAUGCUCUUGGCACCCAAUUCACCGUGUACGACCGCGGUAAUAAUCCAAAACGAGCUACCGAUCCCCUGACAAUUCGUCAAGAACUGGCUGCUGUCAUUUACGAAACCAAUGUUCUCGGAUUCAAAGGACCACGCAAAAUGACGAUUUUGGUUCCCGGAAUGUAUGAUCCAAACACUGCGGGAAACUCGAGACCAUCGAAUCAGGCCGAUCGCGAGCCGUUCACUAGAAAGAGUCUGCGACCAGUCGUGGAGAAAGAUACUCUUCUUGAACGAUACAAACUUCGAAAUACUGCCGAUUUGGUGGUGAUGAGCAACAAGAAUCCUGUCUGGAAUGAAGACACCCAAUCGUACGUUCUUAACUUCCAUGGUCGCGUUACUCAAGCGUCUGUCAAAAACUUCCAGAUUAUUCACGAGCUUGAUCCGGAAUACAUUGUGAUGCAGUUCGGCCGAGUUUCCGAUGAACAUUUCACAAUGGACUACAGAUAUCCGUUGUCGGCUCUUCAGGCUUUCGGAAUUGCGAUGACCAGUUUCCAUGGAAAAAUUGCUUGUGAAUAA